AUGCCACCCGGUCCGUUCCCAUAUCCCAUCGUUGGAAAUAUCGGGCGUGUGCCCGCAGCGAAGCCCUAUCUCAUCUUUGAAAAAUGGUCAAAGGAAUAUGAUAGCCCUCUGAUCACUAUUUGGACGGGAAACCGUCCGACGAUCGUUGUAAACGACUGUUGGGCAGCGUCGGAUUUAUUGGACAAACGAGCCCAAAUCUAUUCGUCGCGUCCACAUUCCUACCUAGCCGAUGCAUUUGACGAAACAGAAAACAAUCAGACCAGCCUCGUAUAUGGAGACAAAUGGCGUUUACAUCGACGUAUCACGGUCAGUUGCCUAUAG